UCCAUUUCCCGAAAUUCUUUGCGUUCACUGCAGCAAAAUACAACACAGCGUUAGCUCAACAUUAAAGUAAAAUUAGAUUUUUGUUUGUCGCCGCCAUGAAAGAUGUUACGGGAUAUCUCAAACAACAGCAGAGCAUCAGCUCGACGCCAGAGAUGGCGUCAGAAUGGCACACACUUGAGGAUUUAUACAACAAAAGAUUGUGGCAUCAGUUGACACUGAAUCUGACAGAGUUUGUUAAAGAUCCUUUCUUCAGAACAGGAGAUGGACUUAUUCAGCUCUAUGAAAAUUUCCUCAGUGACUUUGAACACAGAAUCAAUCCAUUGUCACUCGUGGAAAUUAUACUCCAUGUUACCAGACAGAUGUCAGAUCCCAACGUUGCCAUCACUUUUCUUGAGAAGACAAAGGAAAAAGUGAAGAGCAGUGAAGAGGCAGUCAUUCUCUGCAAGACAUCCAUUGGCAGUCUUAAACUUGAGAUUAAUGAUCUUCCAGCAACAAAGAAAAUCAUUGAAGAAGUUGAGGAAAUGUUGAAUAACCUGCCUGGUGUGACGUCUGUUCACGGUCGCUUUUAUGACCUCUCUAGCAAAUAUUAUCGCAUCAUUGGGAACCAUGCUGCCUAUUACAAGGACGCGCUGCAUUACCUCGGCUGUGUCGAUAUCAAAGACCUUCCAGAGACUGAGAAACAGGAGAGGGCAUUCACUUUGGGUCUGGCUGGACUCUUGGGAGAAGGAGUUUACAAUUUUGGAGAGCUGCUGAUGCAUCCUGUGCUGGAGUCUUUGAGGAACACAGACAAGCAGUGGCUCAUUGAUACACUAUAUGCCUUCAAUGGAGGCAACGUGGAAAAAUUCCAGAGUUUUAAAUCUGCUUGGGGCCAGCAGCCUGACCUUGCAGUGCAUGAAGCAAAGCUAAUGCAGAAGAUCCAGCUGCUCUGUGUGAUGGAGAUGACUUUCACUCGUCCAGCAAACCACAGGCAGCUGACUUUCAGUGAGAUUGCUCAGAGUGCCAAGAUCCCUGUGAAUGAGGUGGAGCUCCUGGUGAUGAAAGCUCUGUCUGUGGGCCUUAUCAAAGGCAACAUUGAUGAGGUGGACCAGAAGGUGCAGAUGACCUGGGUGCAGCCCCGAGUGCUGGAUUUGCAGCAGAUCAAAGGUAUGAAGGAGCGGUUGGACUUCUGGUGUGGAAGUGUGAAGAACAUGGCCAUGUUGGUGGAGCAGCAAGCCCAUGACAUCCUCACUUAAACACCUUUUGUCCCUUCUUCCUGGAACACAUCUUUGUUACUAUUUUUUUCUAUCUGAUGUUAAUUCUUUGCACCAUUUAAUUACCAAACUGUAAACUUUACAGUGUAAAAACAGUUUAUCUCAUUUUCCUAAUGAUAUGGACAGAAA